UACACAUGAGAAGAGCAGAAACAGGAGAGAGAGUGAAUUCAUAGAGCUCCGGUUUUUGCACAAAACCGAUGAGCAACAAAAUUAGAAUGACUGUUUUAUCCUGGAGGCGGCCGGCUGAUAGUCUGUCGUGCGCAAUACGAGGCAGUGCCGCGAACGGAUGACCGAUCUGAUACCUAAUUGCGGCAUCCCGCCGUCACUGCGGCUCGUAUCUGGAGAACCCCUGUUACUGGAAUCGGCGACACUGGGUAAUUAGUACACCUAAUUCCCCGUCGCGGAACGAGCUGAAUAGGAUGGAAAGGGAAGAGGAUCCUUUGGUUGGAGGCCCUUGGCAUCUCUUAGUGGGUUUGUGCCCGAGGCGAGACGUCUUACGAUGGGCUUGUGUCCGUAAUGACGUAGUUGUUUGUCGCAUUAGAUGGAUUAAUACCACACCCAACAGAUACAAAACAUGUAGAAUUGUACUAGGGAUGACAAAAAUAUCUGUAACCGUGGAUAUCCGCCUUAUCCAACCUAAUCGGUUAGGGUAAAACCCAAACCCGAAGGACUUUUAGUGGGUACGGGUAAAACCCGAACCCGAAUAUCGCGGGUAAUGGGUGGACAUAGUUUUCUCACUAUCCAACCCUGAACACGUCCGAUUAUACACAUGCAUAUGUAUUUUGUUGUCUAGAAAUAAUCAAUAUUUUUCACUAACUUAUUUUAUAUUUAGCAUAUAAAUAUUUUUUUUAUGAAAUUGUGUUGUUUUAAUUAAUUUUUUUCAUUCUAGUGAAUUAUUGUCGUACUUUUCAUCUUACGUAAAGUGAGAAUACGUGUAAAUAUUAACAUAUUGGUUGGAGUUAUAAAGAAACACUAUUACCCAUGGAUAACCGUGGAUACCCGAACAGAUAUGGGCAUGGUUUGGAUUUUCUGCCCAUUUCUUAUGUGGGUAUGAGUAUGAGUAAAACCCGAACUACUAAUAUGCACUAUCCGUCUCCGACCCGACCCAUUGCCAUCCGUACUCACCCAAACCAACCAUUCACAUUGUCAUUGUGCAGGUCGAACCAGAUAUUCCAAAUUUUGUAAUGAUUUUUUCCCCAUAUUUUUAGACUAAAUCAAAAUUGUAUCAUUAACUCCAACUGACUAAAUCGAAUUGACAACGUUGCUCGCUCUAGCUUUUUAUUUUUUUAAGCAACUCUCGCUCUCAUUGAGAAACGAACAAACAGCAUCGUCACUUUCACCAAAAAAAAAAAAAAAAAAACAAUACAGGAGCGUCACGCUCCCCGUCUGCCAGUCAUCAGUAUGCAAUUAGCUCUCUCUGUAACUCCUCAUUUCCCCUUUUUUCUCGCUUUACUCUCAGCUGCAGAAAGAGCGACGACGAGAGAGGGGAGGGAAAGGAGAAGAGAGUACUGAGUAGUCAAGGCUUCAGAAGGAGACCCAUAAAAGAAAACCCUCAUUCCAUCUUUCACCGUUCCACUCUCAGGUAAUCCUCUUCCUCCUUCUCCCUGUCCGAAUUCCGGUGCCUGAAUAAAUAUAGGAGCCGUUCUCUCCAUCUGUUUGCUGUAUAAGAAACAAUGCGGGAGUUCUUUCUUUAUGUCCCACGACCAAUUUGUAUUGCAAUUGCGAAUGUUUAGAUUUCACUAGCAGAUGGGUUAGUUUUGCUCUGCCAGGUUCCACGAGUUAACUAAUCGAAUUAUGUUGUGACACAAGAGUAUAUGAUUAAAAUGCAUGCAUGUCAGAGAGGGAAUUUAGGGUUCAUCUUUCGCUUGUAGGGUUUUGUGGGGGGUUUCUCUCAAGGGGCUGUUAAUGUGAUUUGUGUUUGAUAUUGGUUUUUGUUGCUCGUUGAUUUUGUGCAUUUCUUUUUUCACCAACCGGAGUUCAGGUGUGUAAUUUUGUUUUUGGACUUAGGUAACAGUUAAGUGAUGGAUCAUUCUCCUGAGGAAGAGUCGGAUAUCAGCGAAUCCGAGAUCAAUGAUCAUGUGGACAAACCAUAUGAGCAGCUACGAUCUCAGCAUUACAAAGUACAGGUCAAUGGGGCUUUGAAAUGUCCCUUCUGUGCUGGGAAGAAAAAGCAAGGAUACAAGUACAAGGACUUGCUCCAACACGCAACCGGAGUGGGCAAGGGUGCUGCCAGUAGAAGCGGGAAGCAGAAAGCUAACCAUCUUGCAUUGGCAAAGUACUUGGAAAUCGAUCUAGCUGAUCUAGCAGAUGAGACGCUAACUCGACCUUUACCUCAACCCACCAAUCAGUCUUCGGACCAAGAGGAUAAGUUUGCGUGGCCGUGGAUGGGAAUUGUGGUGAACAUAUCUGCUGCAAGAUCAGCGGAUUCUCAAGUGCAAGACGACAGCGAGUACUGGUCAAGAAGUUUUGCUAAGUACAAACCUGCAAAAGUGCAGGUGCUGUGGAAUGACAAUCAUCAGGCCAGUCAAGCUGUCCUGCAUUUCGACAGUGAUUGGAAUGGAUUCACCAAAGCAACAGAUUUUGAGAAGGCGUUUGAAAGUCAGCGUCGUGGUAAGAAGGAUUGGAAGGCACGAGAAAACGAUCCGGGGUCAAGUUUCUAUGCCUGGUGUGCACGUAGUGAUGACUAUAAUUCGGAUGGACCAGUAGGGGAGUAUCUCCGCAAAGAAGCCAAGCUGACUACAAUCUCUGGGAUUGUUCAAGAAACAAAUCAAAACAGAAAUACAGUGGUAGCUGGGCUGACAGAUGAAAUUGCCAAGACCAAUCAAGAUCUUGAUAAAUUGCAGAGUAUGUACAAUAAGAAUGCAAUGACACUAAGCAGAACACUUGAAGAGAAAGACAAGUUGCAUAAUGCUUUUGUUGAAGAAACAAGGAAGAUGCAGCGGGUUGCACGAGACAAUGUUCACAGAAUCUUGGCUGAGCAGGAAAGAAUGAACAAUGAACUGGAGUUGAAGAAAAAGAAAAUUGAUAACUGGACUAAAGAACUGAAUAAGCGAGAAGCAUUGACAGACCGUGAGAGGCAAAGGCUUGAUGAGGACAUGAGGAAGAAUGACGUAGUGAACAACUCGCUCAAUUUGGCAUCCAUGGAGCAGAAGAAGGCUGAUGAGAAUGUUCUAAGACUGGUUGAAGAACAAAAGAGGGAAAAAGAGGAGGCCUUAAAUAAGAUCAUUCAGUUGGAGAAGCAACUUGAUGCAAAACAGAAGCUUGAAAUGGAAAUUCAGGAGCUAAAGGGGAAACUAAACGUGAUGAAGCAUCUUGAGGAUCAGGAUGAUGCAGCUGUUAAGAAAACCAUGAAAGAGUAUCAUGAUGAGUUGGAGCAGAAAAUAGAGGAUCUGAAUAGUGUAGAGACACUUAAUCAAACUCUCAUUGUGAAAGAACGUCAAAGCAAUGAUGAGCUGCAAGAAGCUCGUAAACUGCUGAUCGAGGGGCUGUGUGAUACAUUAUCUGAUACUGCUCGCACCACCAUUGGGAUAAAGAUGAUGGGUGAACUGGAUCAAAAGGUGUUCCUCAAUGCAUGCAGAAAGAAACACCCACCUGCGGAUGCUGAGGUCAUUGCUGUAACACUAUGCAGCUCCUGGCAGGAGAAUUUGAAAGAUUCUGAAUGGUAUCCCUUUAAAGUCAUUAUUGCCGACGGGACUGAGAAGGGUAUUAUAAAUGAUGAAGACGAGAAACUGAAAGGUCUUCGGCAGGAGCAUGGUGAGGAGAUAUACCUAGCUGUGGUUACUGCCCUGAAGGAAUUGAAUGAAUAUAAUCCGAGUGGGAGGUAUAUUAUUCGUGAGCUCUGGAACUACAAAGAAAAACGGAAAGCCACGCUGAAAGAGGUUAUUGGCUACAUCAUGAAACAAAUCAAGACGUUAAAGCGCAAGAGGUGAUGGCUGAGGUUAACUUGGAUCACCCCUUAUAGGUUGCUUGCUUGGUAAGUUCCUUUCCUUUCAUAGAUGAAUGAUUUAUCUUAUACAUGCCAUGCUGCAAAUACUACCAAAAAAACAAAGUCACAAAAACAACGGGUAAGGCAAUCAAAAAUAUAUUAUUUCUUCUCUCUCCCAUCUAUAACAAAAAUGAAUCUAACCAUCCUAAUUAUCUCUAAACUAAUUCCAGCUCAAAUUGAAUGAUGAUUUUUUCGUUAAAUAAUACAUUGUUAAAGAUUAUCACUUUCUACAAUCAUGGUAAAACAUGGUAAAAUAUGUUGAAAAAAGGUAAAAUAUGUUGAAAAAAAUUACAAUUCUAACUACCAUACAAUACCACAUGGUAAAACGUGGUAAAACGUGGUAAAACAUGUUGAAGAAAAUUAAAAAUCUAACUACCAUACAAUACCACAUGGUAUAACGUGGUAAAACAUGCUACAGAAAUUUACAAAUCUAAUUACCAUAUGUUACCAUAUGGUAACAUGCUAAAAUAAAAUUACAAAUCAAACUACCACCACAUGGUAUAACUUGGUAAACCACCCACAGAAAAUUAUAAAUCUAACUAGCAUACAAUACCACCAUAGUAGAACAUGGUAAAUCAAAGGACCACAAAUUAAUUAUAAUUACCAUAUAAUACCACAUGGUAUGAGAAGGUCAAACCAUGUAAAUCUAAUUACAACCCUCUACGACCAUAGUAAAAACAUGAUAUUCAUAAAAAUACAUUUCGUUACCACACAUUGUCAUAUGGCAUAGACACAUUGCCAUAUGGUAUAGACACAUUACCAUAUGGUAUAGUGUGGUAAUCUCAAUAUAUAUAAUUACGACUUUCUUCACUUUCUUCUCUCCUUUCAUUGUCUUCUAACUCUUCUUUCUCGGAACUGGUGUCGAUUACUACCCACAUGAUAAAACUCGUGACUAUAAAAAUACAUUUAGUUAGCACACAUUAUCAUAUGGUAUAGUAUGGUAAUAUCAAUAUAUAUUCUCAAAGAAGGGGAAACAGAAGGAGGAAGAGAGAAAAAAAAUUCGUCUUCUGUCUCCUCUCAUUUACUCCGCAAUCAAGAACACCAAAUGCAAAAAGAAAGAAAAAGAGGAAGAAGAUCGGAAUUAAUUCACAAACAAAUACUAAAACACAAAAGAUGCCAACUCAACUCACUUAGAUCUGUCCCCUCUUUGACAAUAUGGAGCAUAAUCGAUUUUGAGGCCGAGAAAAGAAAAAAACAGAAGGAAGGAACAGCUUGAGAGAAGAAGGAUUUUGAGCGUCACCGAAUUUGAGGUGGGAGGAUGCAAUUUCUUCAUCGAUUAUUGGAGAAAAAAACGAAGAACAAGGAAGAAAGGAGAUUUAGAUAUGGAAAAAUGAGUUUGGAAGAAAGAAAGGAAGAGGAAGAGAGAAGUCUGCUUUUCUCUUUUCUCUUUCCUCCAUUAAAAGACAAACAUAUAAAUUAUGAAAAAAAUAAAAAAAGGAAAGAAAUCAAAUUUCAAAAAUCGGACAAAAAUGCCCCUCCUCACUCUGCGUGCAGCCCAUCCAUAUAAUAAUGUCAUUCCUAAAUCUACGGUCCGGAUUUAAUACUGACAGGUCAGUAACCAUUGGUUACUGACUCUAUCCUCUGUCCAAUCAACCAUACAUGAAUAUCACAGUAAAACACUAACCUAUUA